CUUGUCCUUCUUGUUCUUUAACUAUUUGUAUUUUUCCUUGUCUCUCUCUCUCUCUUUAAUCUUUCUCCCUAUCUAUCUUUGUUUCUGUCCUUUGAGAUUCAUCAAAAGAUGUUUUUUUUUUGUGUGGUAGUAAAGAAGUCUCUUUUUGAAGUCAUUGUCUGAUUCAUAGCUAAACAGUGAAUUUUGAAUGUCCAGAUUUUGAAUUUGUGUGUAUGAUUAAUUGAUUAUGUAGAAAACCAGGUCUUGGUUAUGUGAAUGAGUCUUCAGUAUUGUGUUAUUUUCGAUUUUAUUUUUGUAGAAUACUUAAAGCAUCAAACAGCAUUCUCAUUUGUAGAGGAUGGAUCCGCAACAUACCGGUGAUUUGAUGAAGCAUUUGGAGACGCAGAAUGAGUUACUCAAGGAAACUCAGAAGACUAUGUCACAAGAACUCCAAAAACUCAUGGUGGAAGAAGAGAUGAUGAUGCAUAAGCUCUGUGAGCUGAUGGUUACUCAUCGUAAAAACAAGAAGGAAAUGAAGAAAACUCAGAAUCUAUUGGAAGGUAAAGAAACAGUUGAACCUUCUGUUACAGUUGAGGCCCAGCGUCCACCCAUACUAUACCAAUACAGUAGGAGGAAGAGUAAGGCCCAUCAAAAAACAGUUCAGGUAUCCAAUGGAGAAGACCUUAAUAAAGGUUUCUAGAAGGUGAGGGGAUAAUAAUAAGUAAGAAUACUGAAUUUUGAAUCUUGAAUCUCUCUUUACAAAAAUCUGUACUAUGUAUAUGCAAAAUCUCUAUUUCUAAAAUGAAAUAAAACAAUAAUCUCACAUAGUAACAUCAAUAGCCUGCAAAAAGUAUGGUGAUCCUCCAAUUCUCUUAGUACUCAAAACAUUCUUAACCAAAAGUUUCCAUCUCUUCUCAUCUUUCCUGCUCUGUUUCUUCAUCCUCUCCUUGAAGUCACUGCAAAGAGGGACUCUGCAUUGCUCCGAGUCGACGCAGAUACGCGAAUGAAGCUCGAUAAGCUGCCACAUUCUCUUGCAAUGGCUGCAGCCACCAGGGAUUGAUCUCAGCUUACAUCCCGCGAAAUGUUUCAACAGCUUCUCCAAACCGUCGCAGGCUGAAAACCCGCACGUCUCGUGCGGGUUUUCGACCUUUGUUGGACCGAUUUCUCGACAUCCAUCUCUACAUAUGUGGACAAAAGCUUCCAUUGCAUCAUACAGCUGAGUGUAUGUCUGAAUCUCCUUCUGUUUUCUACUUCUCUGCUUUAAACUCUGUUAAAAAAAAGACAAUAAGUGAAUCAGAAAACUGUGACAGAAUCAAGAACAAGACAUAAGCUCCAAGAUUUGUUUUAUAACUUACAUUAAUUUCGUAAGAGACAGAGCGUAAGAGCUCUUUCUGAAGACUAGGGUGGCUUUGUUUCAUAGCUAGCCAUCCUUCAGAAGUAGACACUUCUUCAAAGCUAUUUAGAAUCAUUCUAUGACAGAGAAGAGAUAGACGAGGAGCAUCACAGAGAAGAGCUAACUGAAACACAUCAAUCACAUUCUCUUUGUUGAGUAAAGUGUUUUCAAAGUGUGACUCGCAAACACGUUUUAAAUGUGGAACCACGUAGACAUGUGAUAAUACAAGAAGGUGUAUUGCAAAGUCUUCCAUGUCUUGUUUCUCGUAGCUACACGGAUCAAAAAACAAGACAAUAAAAGUGUGUUUAGUUAAGUAUUGUAAUAAUAAUAACAAAAAUGUUUUUAAUAUUUUUAAUGAUUGAUAAAUGACAUAAUAAAGUACCAAGAAGAGUAUAAGAAUCGAAUGAAAACUCGAACAGCAUCAUGAGGAACGCCAAAGAUUGAGAUUGAUUUACGAUGAGAUUUUCUCUUAUCUUGCUUCAUUAGUCCUCUAAUUACAUCUGAAGCCAUUCCCUGAUUAACAAAUUAAAAAAAAGCAGAUAAUUAUUAAUUAAUAUUCGGUACUAAAAUGUUUUUUUUCUAUAUAUAGAGAACUUACGAUAACGUUAGAAUGUGCGUAAAUUAAGCCAUUAUCUUCCGUAUGAAUCAAAACAUCAGCUCCAUGAGCUUCAUCGAACAUACGAUCCCAUGAAUCUCUUGUAGCUUUAGAAGCAAAGCUAUUGCAUUUUUGUAGAAACAUAUCCGUUGACUUUUUAGACUUCGUUGACUUUACAGGAGGAGGAGGUGGUGGUGGUGAGGAGAAUUUUUCCGGUGAACAUUCCGGUGAGUAAACGUUGGUGUUCUCCAUGUCUUUGGAAGGAACGUUAGAGAGGAGGAAAAAAUGAGAUUUGAUAAUUCAGACAGAUGAAAAGGAGAGAGAUGGGGAUGUAAUGUCAAAGACCAAUUUAUAAUGAAUCUUCCUUUGGUCGGAAAAUUUUAAAUAUUUAAUUAAAUAAAAGGUGGAAACUCGCAAGUGUGAACUGUUUUACACGUCUUAAUUGGGUCCCACGCGGCUGAUCCAGUUUUCAUAUAGAGAAGAGGAUAAGCACAUGCUGAUUCAUAUCCACGUUGGAUGAAGUUUUCUGUAUCACUAAUUUUUUUAAUUCUAUCCUAAUUUACUCUUCUUUAUAGUUU